CUAAGAAAUUGCAUCCUUGUGUUUUUCCAGGACUGAGAGUUACGUCAGAAGGCUCCAAGAGUACAACACACCAUCAAACUAUUUUGCUGUGUUAGCGUUAAGGGAAAAUAAUAUGUCCCUGUAAGCCUUUUAUCAGGUUUUCAGAACACAUGAUAAAAACACAUUUUCAGUUGGCAGGAUAGUUCAGGUACACUGUGUCGUAUAAAAUGAAUAACUCCCCAGAUUCAUUUUCCGAUACAACUCCCAUUAGCCCAACACGUUUUCAAGUCAAUGUAGUUAAUGAAGGCUAUGACAACCCUGCGUGUGAGGGAGAUAAAGACCCUCCACAAUAUGAGGAAACAUCCUUCGCCGGAGAAGACAACAGACUUAGAAUGAGUUAUGCUGCUGGGAAUAGGGAGAUGUAUAACAAUAUUUUGCACAAUGGAGACACAAUUAAAACCGAAGGAAGUUUUCAUCCUUAUGACACGCACAGUCACACAUAUUACCUGAAAACAUUUGGACACAACACAAUGGAAGCUGUUCCCCAGAUUGACUAUUACAGAAACACGGGCAGUGUCUCCGGGGUCAAGAAAACCAGACCAAGUCUGGCAGAUAUCCAUGACCAACUCUCGAAGAAUGUAGCAGUGACUCCUGGCUCAGUUUCCAAUGGAGAUGGGGUUUUGGGUGAAGAGGAACCAAAUAAGGAGGAAGAAAAGGGUGGAUUUGUGAAGUUCGGAUGGGUAAAAGGUGUACUGGUCAGAUGCAUGCUGAAUAUAUGGGGUGUGAUGCUCUUCAUUCGACUCUCAUGGAUUGUUGGACAAGCUGGAAUCGGUUUGGCAGUUGUCAUAAUUGUUCUUGCCACCAUGGUUACUUCAAUUACUGGGUUGUCAACUUCUGCAAUAGCAACCAACGGCUAUGUCCGUGGAGGUGGAGCAUAUUAUCUCAUAUCGAGAAGCCUGGGGCCAGAGUUUGGUGGUUCCAUCGGACUCAUCUUCGCUUUUGCCAAUGCAGUAGCAGUUGCCAUGUAUGUCGUUGGUUUUGCGGAAACUGUUGUGGAGAUUCUCAAGGACAAUAACGCAAUAAUGGUAGAUGAAAUGAACGAUAUUAGGAUAAUUGGAACUAUUACGGUAAUCUUGCUGCUUUGUAUUUCUGUAGCUGGAAUGGAGUGGGAAGCUAAGGCUCAGGUCCUGCUUUUGAUCAUUUUACUCAUCGCCAUUGUGAAUUUCUUCAUUGGCACUGUUAUUCCAACCACGGAGGAGAAAAGGGCAAGAGGCUUUUUUAAUUAUCAGGCUACAAUAUUUGCUGAAAACUUUGGCCCGGAUUUCCGGAAUGGAGAAGGUUUCUUCUCCGUGUUCGCUAUUUUCUUUCCUGCGGCUACUGGAAUCCUUGCAGGAGCUAAUAUUUCUGGAGAUUUAGAGGAUCCUCAAAGUGCUAUUCCAAAGGGAACCAUGUUGGCUAUAUUGAUCACGACAAUUACCUACCUUGGUGUUGCUAUUUGUGCAGCCUCAUCCGUGGUGCGUGAUGCAACUGGAAAUAUAAACGACACAAUCACAUCUGCAUUGAGUUGCAAUGGGUCUGCAGCUUGCAGUCUUGGCUAUGAUUUUUCCGUAUGUGAAACUGAAAAAUGUGCCUAUGGAUUAAUGAACAACUUUCAGGUGAUGAGCAUGGUGUCUGGAUUUGGUCCUCUCAUCAUUGCUGGUAUCUUCUCAGCCACACUGUCUUCUGCCCUGGCAUCUCUUGUCAGUGCCCCAAAAGUAUUUCAGGCUCUCUGCAAGGAUAACAUCUACAGAGCACUUUACUUUUUUGCCAAAGGACAUGGGAAAAACAAUGAGCCAAUCAGAGGAUACGUCCUUACAUUUGUCAUCGCACUCGCCUUUAUUUUGAUUGCGGAGCUGAAUACUAUUGCACCCAUCAUCUCUAACUUCUUCCUGGCAUCCUAUGCUUUGAUCAACUUCUCUUGUUUUCAUGCUUCAUAUGCAAAAUCUCCAGGUUGGAGACCUGCAUUCAAGUACUACAAUAUGUGGGUGUCUCUCUUUGGGGCCAUGCUGUGCUGCGGUGUAAUGUUUGUAAUCAACUGGUGGGCUGCUGUUAUCACCUAUGCUAUUGAACUUUUCUUGUACAUUUAUGUGACCUACAAGAAACCAGAUGUUAACUGGGGCUCAUCGACUCAAGCUCUUUUCUACACCAAUGCAUUGAACAAAGCUAUGGAACUAAACACCAUUGAAGAACAUGUGAAGAACUUCAGACCUCAAUGCUUGGUUCUAACCGCAGGACCAAUGACUAGACCAGCUCUCCUGGAUAUUACGCAUUCAUUUACAAAGGAUAUAGGACUCUGCAUAUGUUGUGAAAUUUUUGUGGGGCCGCGUGCAAAGGCUGUAAAAGAGAUGAACAGUGGCAUGGUCAAAAAACAACUGUGGUUAACAACUAACAAAAGAAAAGCAUUUUAUGCAGCAGUAGCAGCAGAUACUAUUAGAGAGGGAGUAAGACCGCUCCUUCAGGCUUCUGGUUUAGGGAGGAUGAAGCCAAAUACUCUGGUGAUGGGAUUUAAGAAAGACUGGAGACAGGCCAGCACUGUGGAUCUGGCAGAUUACAUUGGAAUAUUGCAUGACGCUUUUGAUUUUGAAUAUGGAGUGGUUAUUGUAAGACUUAGCCAAGGCUUUGACAUCUCUCCAAUUCUUCAGGCCCAGGAUGAGCUCCAAAGACUGGAACAAGAGAGACUAGCACUCGAAGCUACUAUUAGAGAGAAUGAAUUUCAAGACGGAAAGCGUGGAUUCCGCAAGUUCUUCAAUAAAACGUCCAAGAUGAAUAUUACAACGCAGUCAUCUAAAAAGGAUGUCAGCUCAUCUCCCCCGAUGCAUGUGGGCGAGUAUAAUCAGAGACUGGCAGAAACCAGUGAACUAUUUAAAAAGAAACAAGGGAAGGGUACAAUUGAUGUCUGGUGGCUCUUUGACGAUGGAGGUUUGACACUUCUUAUUCCACACAUUCUGACCCUCAGAAAAAAAUGGAAGGAUUGUAAAUUGCGCAUCUUUAUUGGUGGAAAAGUGAACCGCAUUGAAGAUGACAAAUUGAUGAUGGCUUCGCUCUUGAGCAAAUUCCGAAUUAAAUUUGCAGAUGUUUAUAUUGUUGCAGAUAUUAACACAAAGCCAAGCAAAGAAAGUUGGAAAUUCUUUGAAGAGAUGAUUGAACCAUAUCGUCUACACGAGAGCUCCAAAGAUGUACCCACUGCCGAAAAAAUAAGACGAGAAAACCCAUGGAAAAUUACAGACUCAGAGUUGGAAAUGUUCAAAGAGAAGAGUUACCGCCAAGUCAGACUUAAUGAGCUGUUACAGGAAAAUUCUCGAUCAGCUAACCUCAUUGUUCUAAGCCUCCCCAUUGCAAGAAAAGGAACAGUAUCAGAUCAUCUUUAUAUGGCAUGGGUAGAAAUCCUGUCUAAAAAUCUUCCUCCUGUGUUGCUGGUUAGAGGAAAUCACAAAAAUGUCCUAACUUUCUAUUCUUAAAGUUCUACACCUGUCGAAAAAAAAAUGUUUUUGAGUUAACCGCUUAGCGUGCAUAACUUUCAAUGUAUUAAUUGAAGUCUUUGACAAUAUAUACAAAUUCAAUAUAUUAUAAUACCAAACGUACAUCUGUUUGUGGUACAAAAAAUGCAAAUUUAUGGUUAAAUUCAAAUAUGAAAAUCAUUAUCAAUAAAGAAAAUAUUUAUUUAAACAAUCCAAUUGCUGAUGAGCUAAUUGUAAUAAUAUGCAGACAUAAUAGAAAAAAAAUACUGUUUCUAGGAUAUAUAUAAUUGUGAAUUUAAAAUAUUACAAUGAUCUGCACAUAAAUGUUUCUUUUUUUAGUGACCAUCUUCAUGUCUAUUGCACUCUGAAUGUAUUUUUUUUUUAAAGAUAAAAUGUUCUUUCGAAAACCAAUCUUUUUGAUUAGGAGUGAGAAUAUUUUGAAUGCUUUUAAAAAGAAAUAAAUAUAUUAAACAUUUA